CCAUGAAGCCCCCAAGCCGGCAGCGUUCGGCCCCUUCGCGAUUCAUCAUCGACAGCGGGGCGCGAGGGCGCAGCGGCGGCGGCGGCGUCUCCCGUCCCCGAGCGUGGCUCCGCCGGGAGAAGCGCGACAUCCUCCGGGCUCUCCGCCAGCGUCGCGGCGAGGCCCCCCCAGCCCCGGGAGCCUCGCAGCGGCGAUCGGCUGCUCCCUGCCCGGCCGCACCCACGCCCAGCUGGAGGCCUUCCUGCUCAAGCGCGGACCGGGGUCGCGGUGGUGGCAGUGGUGUGGAGGGGGCGGUGAUGACGACGACGAGGAGGUGGAUGAGGAGAGAAGAUCGCCACUGGAUCGGUGGAUCGAGGUGGCUGAGCGGGCCUCGGGCUCCGUGGUGGACACCACUUCGACCGCGUUCACGCAGGUUUUCACGAUCGGCGAUCUUGAAACUCACCAGCUGGGGUCUCCCUCCCUCAACCCCCGCUCCCCCGGGGUUUCCCCGACCCCCGCUACGGCCGAGCCGCUGCUGCACCCCCCCGACCGCUCCCCGCGGGGAGCGCAGCAGCAGGAGGAGCAGGAGAGGGGUGAGACCCUGAGCCUGGGCUGUGUCUACAAGUACCUGGCGUCGGCCUUCAAGACGGGACCACCGCCCCCCAUCAACGCCAAAGAGAGUGCGCUGGUGCUUCAGCUGCUGGACGACCUGGAGGAGGAGGUACGGCGCCUGAGCUCCACGCCGCUGCGCCGGUUCCUCCGGCGUGCUCAGCACCACCUCACGGGGCCUGCGGAGUCGGACGUGGAGACACGGGGAGGAGAUGCGGAGACACGGGGAGGAGAUGCGGAGACACGGGGAGGAGAUGCGGAGACACGGGGAGGAGAUGCGGAGACACGGGGAGGAGAUGCGGAGACACGGGGAGGAGAUGCGGAGACACGGGGAGGAGAUGCGGAGACACGGGGAGAUGCUGGAGACACGGGGAGGAGAUGCGGAGACACGGGGAGGAGAUGCGGAGACACGGGGAGGAGAUGCGGAGACACGGGGAGGAGAUGCGGAGACACGGGGAGGAGAUGCAGGGAUAGGGGUAGACACUGGUAGGAGAGACACAGAGACACGGGACACCAUGAAGAUCACGGACAAGAAGACCUCCCUUGGCAGUGGUGUGGCCGAUGGGGUGGCGUGCCCAGUGUGGGUGGUGUGGCCGCUAGGGGCGGCGCGACGGCGCUUGUUGAUCCGCGGCUCUCGUCGCCGCCCGCGUUGCCCCUCAACCCGUUCUGUGUUCCUGCUCGGCUUCUCGUGCUGACCUCCAAUCCACCGCUGUGACCUCCAAUCCAUCGCCGUGACCUCCAAUCCACCGCCGUGACCUCCAAUCCACCGC